AUGUACAAUGUACAUCCACAACCCACAACCCACAACCUACUUCUACUUCUACUUCUAUCUCUCCUCACCCCACAGAAAGAACUACCAUCCUCCCCCACUCCCAAUACUAAUAAAAAAAACCCCAGAUACCACGAAUCAAUCCCCCUCCUCUACACCCUCCCAACCCUAGAAUUCAGUAACCCCUGGACCCUCCCAUACCUCCUCCCAACGAUCCCACCCGAACACCGCGACCGCAUCCGCGCCAUCGAGCUACGCUGGUCCUUCCCAGGCCACUGGCUACCGAGCAAAGACUCCGUGCGCGCGGUGUACGUGUCCGCCGGACGGAUGCAGUGGAGCGAGACGUGUCGAGCAGUGUCGCAGCUGGGAUCGCUGCGGUCAUUCGUGCUCGUGCUGGAGAGUAAUUGGUUCAGCGAGCCAGUUGAGAAAUUGGCUGGGUUUUUGGAGCCUUUGAGGGGGCUGGUUGUGAGGCCUGUUUCGAGACGGGGUUGGGGUUGGGGUUCGGAUCGGGAUCGAAGUCGCGAUUAUUGGGAUUGCUGUGGUAAGAAGGAUGAUGUGGAUGUGGAUCUGGAUGUGGAGCUUGAUGGGGAGGGGGGUGGUGGGUUCAGUUCGGAUGAGGACUCUUGUAAGAGUUUGGGAUCGGAUUCUGGGUCGUUUUCUUCUGUUGGGGGUUAUUCGAAUCCUACGACUACCGCUACGGUUUCUCGGGGGAGUUGGGAGCUCAGGCUUCAGGGUCAGUCGUACUAUUUACAUGAACUGGAUCGUAUAGGAGUGGAUCUUCGGCGGAGGGGUAUAGACUGCUGGAUAUCAGCGGUGUGA